AUGGAUCCUUCACAGUCCAAGAAGUUGAAACCCACCAGAGCUGGAGGGAACCCACCUACUUUCCGGAGUAAAGGUGGCUUCCGAGGGGAGACCUGUACGUCGCCCAGGAUUGCGGGCUGUGGUUUCGGUGGCACGGGAAUGAAGCGGUCUCGUUUAGAACCGAUUGCUGUGUUAGGCCUCCAAGACACCCAUCCCAGCAGACCUCAUCGAACCCGGAAGCUGGGCCUCUGUUUGCCGACCCGCCACUCUAGAACUUGGCCUCGGCCUCCCAGGCAGCUCAAGGCAGGAUGGGGGCAAGGUGGGAGCCAACUCCUACCUGAUGUAGGAGGCAGGCCACUUCUCCCAGCACCCUCCAGAGGCAGCUCAGGCGUGAGCUUCCCUUUUUCGUCCAGACAGGCCAGCACUGACCCUGGUGGCCACCAGCCAGCAGCAUUAUCACCUUCUCUGCUCCUGACAAUCACAGGGGGCUUUGCACUGGGUCGCCUGGCAUCAAAGCAAGAGUGUCAUAAUCCUCCACUCGGGAAGUCCCAACGGUUGCCGGGUAACACGAUAGGCAGAGACCGGGGAGAGUUUCGGAAGGCAAGCAAAGAGAGGCUGUGGAUUAAUCCGGAGUUUGACACAGACACGAGAAAACUCAAGAGAGGAAAAGCCCACAGAGAGGAAAUUGACAUCACUUUUUCCCACUUCAGUGGAAGAGAUCUCUGGGUGAUUGCAACUCAGACCCAACUUCUUCACUGGAAGUGUCUUGCUGCCAAUGACAGUGAACAUGGAAGCUACCUUCUUAAAUCAAUCUACCCAUCUUCCAUAGUCAUUACCAAAUGUCACCGAAUCCUCUGUGGCCAGAAACAACUACUGUUUGCUUGAAACACCGCUUCGUUUAUAUGCUGGAAUAUGACACAUCUUAGAAACGGCAAAUCAAGAAGCAUUCUAAAAACUAAGCACUGGCAAGAAAACAAAAUGUAACUUUAUAUUGUCCAAAACACCAGACCGGGAAAUACCAUCAUUUUGCACUCGCUGCAAUCAGAGCCAUUAAUGGACCUCAUCUUUCUAAUUCUGAGUACACUUUUAAAAUGUGUGCCCUGUAAGUUCCGGCAAUUAAAGCCCGGGGUUUUUGUUGUUGUUUUGGUGAUGAGUGCAGAACUGUUUAAGGAUUUCUUGGAGUUGUUUAA